UUUAAAACAUGGGGUGGGUCAAACGCUGGCUCGCUGGCUGACGGGAAUGAAGAAUGAGCGUGCUGUGUGCACAGUCGCAAGUUUCACAUCCCCUUUCCCGACCUUGCCCGCUCUGGCUCUCCAAGACGGUUCCAUCCAGGAGUCCAGUGCCGUGACCAGGACUCGUCUAGUGAUUCCAUGGGAUUAUUAAUGGGGUUUUAAUUUGAGGGAAAUACAAAGGUGUAUAUUUUCCUGAAGGAUUAUAUCAAGCAUAGAGCAGCUGAAGCGGUCUCCAGCCCCCAGUUACCUCACCCAACCAGCGACCCCCACCGCGACACUGGCUGCAGCCAUGACGUCCACCACGGACUUUGACAACGUUGAGAUCACUCAGCAGUACAGCCGCAUCAACACACGCUUCGAGUUGCUAGGAGAGGAGCUGGACAAUGACAACAGCUCUGCAAGACUGUUUGAGAGGUCACGCAUCAAAGCCCUCGCAGAUGAGCGUGAGGCGGUCCAGAAGAAGACCUUCACUAAGUGGGUCAACUCCAUCCUGUCCCGGGUCAGCUGCCGUAUCUCUGACCUGUACCUGGACCUCAGGGAUGGACGCAUGCUCAUCAAACUACUGGAACUCCUCUCUGGAGAGAAACUGCCCAAGCCCACUAAGGGCCGUAUGCGGAUCCACUGUCUGGAGAACGUGGACAAGGCCCUGCAGUUCCUCAAGGAGCAGAGGGUCCACCUGGAGAAUAUGGGAUCACACGACAUCGUCGACGGCAACCACCGCCUCAUCCUGGGACUCAUCUGGACCAUAAUUCUCAGAUUCCAGAUCCAAGACAUCGUGGUGGAGAUGGGACAGGCAGACGGGACUCAACGGGAGAGCCGUACAGCCAAGGACGCACUGCUACUCUGGUGCCAGAUGAAGACUGCCGGAUAUCCAAACGUAAACAUCACCAACUUCACCACCAGUUGGAAAGACGGAAUGGCGUUCAGCGCUCUCAUACACAAACACCGGCCAGACCUGGUGGACUAUAGUGGCCUGAAGAGGUCCAAUCCAACCCAUAACCUUCAGAAUGCCUUCAAUGUAGCAGAGCAGACGCUUGGAGUAGCAAAACUGUUAGACCCUGAAGAUGUGUUCACAGAGAACCCAGAUGAGAAGUCCAUCAUCACAUAUGUUGUGGCUUUCUACCACUACUUCUCCAAGAUGAAGGCAUUAGCGGUGGAGGGGAAGAGAGUUGGCAAGGUACUAGACCAUGCCAUAGAGACAGAGAAGAUGAUUGACAAGUACGAAACCCUGUCGUCAGACCUGCUGACAUGGAUACAGCAGACCAUCAUCAUCCUGAACAACCGUAAACUGGCAAACUCUCUGACCGGGGUCCAACAGCAGCUCCAAUCCUUCAACUCCUACCGCAUAGUGGAGAAACCACCCAAGUUCCAGGAGAAAGGUAAUCUGGAGGUGCUGCUGUUCACCAUCCAGAGUCGUAUGAGAGCCAACAACCAGAGAGUCUAUACCCCCAAGGAGGGGGCUCUAGUGGCUGAUCUCAACAGGGCCUGGGAGCAUUUGGAGUGGGCGGAGCAUGAGAGGGAACGUGUCCUGAGAAACGAGCUGAUUCGUCAGGAGAAACUGGAGCAGAUGGCCAGACGCUUCGACAGGAAGGCUUCCAUGAGAGAGACCUGGCUACUGGAGAACCAGAGACUGGUGGCACAGGACAACUUCGGCUACGACCUGCCGGCGGUAGAGGCCGCUAAGAAGAAGCACGACGCCAUCGAGACGGACAUCGCUGCCUACGAGGAACGCAUCCAGGGCAUAGUAGCAAUCUCUAAAGAGCUGGAGUCUGAGCGUUACCACGACACCAAGCGCAUCGACGUGCGUAAGGACAACAUCCUGAGGCUGUGGGAUUACCUACAGGAGCUGCUGAAAGCUCGCAGGGCACGACUGGACAAGAACCUCACCCUGCAGAGGAUCUUCCAGGAGAUGUUGUACAUCAUCAACUGGAUGGAUGGGAUGAAGGCUCGGCUGCUCUCCCCUGACUUUGGGAAGCACCUGUUGGAGGUGGAUGACCUGCUCCAGAAGCAUGCUCUGGUGGAGGCCGACAUCACUGUGCAGGCAGAAAGACUUCACGACUCCAACGUGGCUGCUCUCAAGUUUGCCAAUAGAGAUAGCUACAAGCCCUGUGACCCCCAGGUGAUUAAGGACCGGGUGCAGCACCUGGAACUGUGUUACCAGGAGCUGUGUGCCCUUGCGGCCCAACGCCGCGCUCGCCUUGAGCAGUCCCGACGCCUCUGGAACUUCUUCUGGGAGAUGGCCGAGCUGGAGAGCUGGAUCAAGGAGAAAGAGCAUAUCUUCUCCUCGCUGGACUACGGCAAGGACCUGACCAGUGUGCUGGUCCUGCAGAGCAAACACAGUGCCUUCGAGAACGAGCUGGGGGCUCGCCGUGCACAUCUGCAGCAGAUACUGGAUGAGGGUGAUAAGAUGAUCCAGGCCAGACACUUCGGGGCACCCCAGGUUGGGGAUUGCAUGGAGGACGUGAUGCGUCAGUGGCAGCAGCUGGAGGAACUGGCAGCGUUCAGAAGGCAGAACCUCCAGGACACCCAGAGGUUCUUUCAGUUCCAGGGAGAGGCUGAAGACCUGAAGGCCUGGCUGCUGGAUGCCAAGAGGCAGAUGACUAGUGAUGACAUGGGCCAUGAUGAGUAUACCACCCAGAGGCUGCUGAAGAGACACCGAGACCUCCGGAACGAUGUCGCCAGGAACGGAGCCACCAUCGAUGCUCUGACCAAACAGGCGGCGGCGCUACCCGAGGAGCUGCGCAACACGCCUGACAUUCAAAGACGCCUGAAGGACAUCAGAGACCUAUACAUGGAGCUAAUGUCCCUGUGUGACCUGAGGCAGAAGAAGCUGGAUGAUACCAUGGCCCUCUACACAAUCUUCAGUGAGACAGACUCCUGCGAGCUGUGGAUGGGCCAGAAGGAGACCUGGUUGGUGGGGCUGGACAUACCGGAGAAUCUAGAGGAUCUGGAGGUGGUGCAGAACAGGUUGAGUAUUCUUGCUUCAGAUAUGGCUAAUGUCCAGACGCGUGUUGAUGAUGUCAACAAAGCAGUGAAGCAGCUUGAGGACAGCAGACACCCUUGUACCAAAGAGGUGAAGGAAUGCCAGUUGAGACUUAAUAAGAGGUGGGAGGCCUUCAAGGCCAUGGUUGUGGACAAGAAGCGUAAGGUGGAUUCAGCUCUCAGCUACCACAACUAUGGACUGGAGUGUGACGAGACAGAGGCCUGGAUCAGGGACAAAACCCGGGUCAUCAAGUCUACCCAGGACCUGGGCAACGACCUGAACGCUGUGAUGACCAUCCAGAGGAAACUCUACGGCAUGGAGCGGGACCUGGCUGCCAUCGAAGACAAGCUCAACUUCCUGAGGAGCGAGGCGGACCAGCUGGCCAAGGACCAACCAGACAACGCUGCAGACAUCCUGUUUAGGAGAGCCGAGCUGGACGCAGCCUGGGAUAACCUGAGGGCCACCCUAAAGGACCGGGAGGACUCUCUUGGAGAGGUGUCCAAACUGCAGACCUUCCUACAGGACAUGGAUGACUUCCAGUCCUGGCUCUUCAAGACCCAGAAGGCCGUGGCAUCCGAGGACUUGCCUGAGACCCUGCCCCAGGCUGAGCAGCUGCUGAACCUCCACGAUGAUGUAUAUGAUGAAAUGGAUGCUCAUGAGGAGGACUACCACAAGGUGAGGGACACUGGCGUGGCGGUAACCCAGGGCCAGCUGGACGACCCUCAGUACCAGGAGCUGGACAAGAGGCUGAAGGGUCUGGACCGCGGCUGGGACGAGCUCCACAAGAUGUGGGACAGCAGGAAGGGCUUCCUGGACCAGGGCCUUGGAUUCCAGCUGUUCAUGAGGGACACCAAGCAGGUGGAAACCAUCCUCAACAACCAGGAGUACACUUUGGCCCACACAGACAAGCACGACACCCUGGAUGGAGCCGAGCAGGCCCUAAAGAAGCACGAGGACUUUGUCUGCACCAUGGACGCCAACAUGGAGAAGCUUGCCAGCACGCUUGAGGGGGGACAGAGAUUGGUGGACAGUGGGAACCUCUACUCCCCCAGGGUCCAAGACAAGAUGGACUCCAUCCAUGACAGGUACAACAAGAACCGAGGCAAAGCCAACGAGGUGACAGGGCUCCUUAAGGAUAACCGUGAUCUUCAACACUUCCUGCAAAACACUCAGGAUCUGACUCUGUGGAUAAACGAGAAGAUGUUGACUGCUCAGGACGUGUCGUACGACGGAGACAGGAACCUUCACACCAAGUGGAAGAAGCAUCAGGCCUUCAUGGCUGAGCUGGCCUCCAACAAAGACUGGCUCAACAAGAUAGACCAGGGGGGUCAGGAGCUGAUGGACUCCAAACCUGAUUUCGAGCCAAUCGUGAUGGUGCGUCUGGCCAGGCUGCAUGAGCUGUGGGACAAGCUGGAGUCCACUGCCGAGGACAAGGCCCGUCUGCUGUUUGAUGCUAACCGCUCCGAGCUGUUUGACCAGAGUCAGGCUGACAUGAAGAAGUGGCUGGCUGAGCUGCAGAAGGAACUACAGGGAGACGACGAGGUCAAGGACCUCACCAACGCCAACAUCCUGCUCAAGAAGCACCAGCAAACAGAGAACCAUGUGCGUGACCGAGCCAGGGAGCUGGAGGAUCUCCAGGAGGCUGUCCAGAAGCAUGGUGGCCCGGCCGGGAGCAGGGAGGACCAGCCGGAGCUGGAGGCUGAGCAGCAGGCCAUCCAGAGGGACUUCCAGCAGCUCCUCACCCCCCUGGCCCAGCGCAGGGGCAAGUUGGAGGCAGCCAAGGCCGUGCAUCAGUUCUACCGGGACCUGGCUGAUGAGAUUCUCUGGGUAGAGGAGAGGUUGCCCCUUGCGAUGUCAGAUGAACAUGGCAGCAACCUCCAGACGGUCCAAUUGCUGUUGAAGAAGAACCAGACGUUACAGAGGGAGAUGAAGGGCCACCAGCCGCGGGUGGAGGAGGUGUUGGAGCGUGGCCGGAGGAUGGCAUCAGCCGCUACAGAGGAGUGUGGGCCGGAGGCAGAGCGUAUUGGAGAGCAGGUGAAGGAGCUGAAGGAGGUGUGGGCCAGGCUACAGGAGGAGAUGGCUAAGAGGAGAGAACGGCUGAAUGGAUCUAACCGGGCCCAGCAGUACUACAACGAUGCUGACGAGGCAGAAGCCUGGAUAGGAGAGCAGGAACUCUACAUGAUUGCUGAUGACAAGGCCAAGGAUGAGCAGAGUGCCAUGUUGAUGUCGAAGCGUCACCUGAUAGUGAAGCAGGCUGUAGAUGUCUACUCAGACUCCAUCCAGAAGCUGUCUGACCGUGCUCAGAAGAUGCUGAAUGAAGACCACCCUAAUGGUGAAUCUGUCAUCCGUCGUCAGGGCCAGGUGGAUAAACAGUACGCUGGUCUGAAGGACUUGGCAGAAGACCGCAGGAGGAAGCUGGACCAUGUCUAUCAUCACUUCCUGCUGAGCCGAGAGGUGGAGGAUCUGGAGCACUGGAUCGCUGAGAGGGACGUGGUGGCCUCCUCACAGGAGAUGGGACAGGACCUGGACCAUGUUACAAUCCUGAGGGACAAGUUCCGUGACUUUUCCCGGGAGACAGGGAUGGUGGGACAGGAGCGGGUGGACUAUGUGAACCAGACGAUAGAUGAGCUGAUCAAGGCGGGCCACACGGAGGCUGCUGCCAUGGCUGAUUGGAGGGACAGCGUCAACGAGAGCUGGGCUGACCUGCUGGAACUCAUAGACACCCGAGUUCAGCUCCUACAGGCCUCCCACGACCUGCUCAAGUACUUCGAUGAUGGGAAGGAGCUGGUGUCUCAAAUCCAGGAGAAACUAAAUGAGAUUCCUGCUGAUCUGGGAGAAGACUUCAGCAAGGCAGAUACCUUCCACCGCAUGCAUGCCGCCUUCGAGAGGGACAUCAGCACCCUGGGAAAACAGGUGCAGCAGUUCCAGGAGACAGCGGCCCGUCUGCAUGCCCAGUAUGCUGGGGACCAGGCUACAGAGAUCCAGGCCCAGGAGAAGGAGGUGGUGGAGGCCUGGAAGGCUCUAUUGGAUGCCUGCGACGGCCGCAGGAAACGCCUGGAGGAGACAGCUGACAAGUUCCGCUUCUUCACCAUGGUCCGAGACCUGAUGGCCUGGAUAGAGAGCACCAUACAGCAUAUAGAGACACAGGAGAAACCACGGGAUGUGUCAUCAGUAGAGCUUCUUAUGAAGUACCACCAGGGGAUCAGGUCUGAGAUCGACCAGCGUGGACCAAAGUUCUCUGACUGUGUGGCGCACGGCAAGGCUCUGCUGUCAUGCAAACACAAAUACUCUGCUGAGAUCAAGGAGAAACUGAUCCAGCUGAUGGAGAAGAAGAAGGAGAUGAUGACCAAGUGGGACGACCGAUGGGACUGGCUCAGGCUCUUGUUGGAGGUGUGCCAGUUUGCGCGGGAUGCCUCAGUGGCGGAGGCGUGGCUAGUGGCUCAGGAGCCGUACGUGGCCAGUAAGGACCUGGGACAGACUAUAAACGAGGUGGAGAAACUACUGAAGAGACACGAAGCCUUCGAGAAGUCCACUGCCACCUGGGAGGAACGCUUCUCAGCCCUGGAGAGACUUACUACGUUGGAGCUGCUAGAGUUGAGGAAGCAGCAGCAGGAGAUACAGCAGUUUGUAACAGAGGAGCAGAAGCGUUCACAGAUGGAGAGCAGGAGAGAAGACACAGGGUUUGCAGAGGAUUCCUCCCAGCUCUACACCAUCGAGGAGCAGACACUGUCUGCCUCUGGAGCAGUGGAGGUGGAGCCCAGUUUGGGUCAGUUGGAGGGAACAGCGGGUGACUCUACGGUGCCCAUGGUCUCUGAUAUGCAGGAUGCUAGUUCUCUGGAGCUGCUGGAUGCCUCUGUGUCAGGACAGACCCCCAGGGAUGGGGAGCCCCGGGCCGCCACCCUACCUGCUGACCCCCUCAGCCCUAAGGCUGUGCUGCAGGAGGGCAUGCUGGGACGGAAACACGAUCUAGAUGCUGCUGGGAAGAAGGCUUCCAACAGGUCCUGGAACACCCUGUACUGUGUGCUGAAGCCUGGUCAGCUGUCUGUCUAUAAGGACGCCAAGAGCUUCGGCCAUGGCUCCACCUACCACGGAGAGGACCCUCUGUCGCUCGGCAACGGCAAAUGGGAAGUCCUGAACAACUACAAGAAGAAGAAGCAUGUAUUCAUACUGAGGCUGGGUGAUGGUAGUGAGUACCUGUUCCAGUGUAAAGACGAGGAGGAACUGGGACGUUGGACCCAGGCCAUAGAGAAAGCAGUGAAGCCCCUGGCACAGGAAGAGGCGGAACCCUCAGGGUCUGCAGGGGUCCGGGCCCGCAGCCUGCCCCCUCCUUCCUCUUCUACCACCCUCACCACACCAGAGCCAGCGAAAGACAAGAAAGACAAGGAGAAGAAGGGCUUCAGUCGGUUUGCCAAUAAAAAGUGAGGAUGGACAGACUGACUAUAUUGCAGGUCUUGGGGCAGAAGAAGUUUUACUGUACAAUCAGAAUGAAUUUGAUCUUAUAAAGAUUUUCUUUUUUUACUUUGAAAUAGAUGAGAUAUUGUAGUUUAGAUUUAAACCUCUGCUGCCUGUAUUAAAGCUAGAGUAACAACAUUUUUCUUUCUCUUUUUGACAAAAUAUGCUAAAUUCAAAUAGCUCAAUAAAAGCACAGGAAUGCUCUGUUCACACUCAACCAAAGAAUGUUUGUAAAAUUCAUUAUUUUCCUUUUACAAUUGUUUCCCAACUUUGCUUUAGAUAAAAGCAUGCUUGUAUGAUUUGUAUUACAAAACAGUAUGACUCGUAAGAGUACUUUUGUUGAUUCAUCUGCCUUAUAUUCCUAUAAAAUGGUUGUGAAUUGUUAUACUGUGGUUUGAAUUUGGUGCUCUUAUAUCAUAGAAUCAUCAGGAUUGGGUGGCUAGGCUUUUUAAAAGAGCUUUGUAAAUUCUGUUUUAACUAAUGAAUUGAUAGGCCUAGUGUUGCCUGAAAGAGAUUGAGACAUUGUGCAGUGCAGUACAGUACAGUACCUGCAUGCACAGCAAGUACAACUGCAAGUAUGCAAACUGAUUGUCCUAUGCACUGUGAAGGCAAAAUAAUGCUGCUGAAAUGGGCAGUUAUAGACUGUUUUAACUGAGAUAAUGAAAGUAACACAAUUGAAAGAUGAUUAUGCUAUCUUGUUAUUGACCUGCUAUUACCUUAAACAUAACGCAAUCACUUUCAAACAUGACUUUUACCAGAACAAUGGCCAUCUCUGAGAACUUGAAAUAGCUCAUACCUAACACCUGUUUAUCGAAUCUCAAAUUUUAUAUCUGUUCAUAUACAGUAUAUUAAAAGAAAAUGCAUGAA